CUCCCCUCUCACAUCGAUCUUCUUCUUCUUCGGCUUCUCCCCCUUUGUCUCUGUGUUUUCCGAUUCUCUUUGCUCAGCUUCGAAGGUCUCGCUUUCUGCAACCAUGUCGGACGAGGAGCAACACUUUGAGUCGAAGGCCGAUGCCGGAGCUUCGAAGACUUACCCUCAACAAGCCGGAACUAUCCGUAAGAACGGUUACAUCGUUGCCAAGGGACGUCCCUGCAAGGUCGUCGAGGUUUCAACCUCCAAGACCGGCAAGCACGGUCAUGCCAAGUGCCACUUCGUUGCUAUCGAUAUCUUCAAUGGCAAGAAGCUGGACGAAAUCGUCCCCUCUUCCCACAACUGUGACGUCCCGCACGUCAAUCGUACUGACUACCAGCUGAUCGACAUCUCCGAAGAUGGAUUUGUUAGCUUGCUGACUGACAAUGGUAACACCAAGGAUGAUCUCAGGCUCCCGACCGAUGAGAAUCUGCUCAAUCAGAUCAAGUCGGGGUUCGAGGAAGGAAAGGAUCUUGUGGUGUCUGUGAUGUCGGCCAUGGGAGAGGAGCAGAUCUGUGGUCUCAAGGACAUUGGUCCCAAGAACUAAAUGGCGCCUCAAAUUUUGGAUCAGAAGGGUCUCUCUUAUACGAUUCUUUUUGUUGUUUUUUUUAUUCUUUUAGCCUUAGUCUAAUAUGUUUUCAAUUAGCCUCGCAUAUUAUUGACUUCAUACUUUCCAUUUUUAAGAUUUUUUUUUUUCAAUUUUCUUCCAACUCAUCAGUUCUUCCUCUGCUUGCACCA